AGCCAUUGAUCAUGCCAUCGAGCUACUGGACACCAGUCCGUCCCCAAGCGACUCCACGGAUAUCGAGCCUUCUCGAGCUCGGAGAAGACCGAAAAUCCAGCGAGGCAACCCCUCUCAGCUUGACAGCAUUGGAGACCGGCAGCAGCAUGGCCAUCGUGACCAUCGUCCAUCAGAGGAUGUCAUACACAAGCCGGAAAAUCGUCCAGUUGACUGCAUGUGCAUGCGAGACCGCGCUCCACUCACUCAGCCAAACAUCGAGUGUGUCCUGAGCGGCGCCGUGGACGUCGAAGCUACGGGCGUCCGGGAUCGGAUAUACGCUCUUCUAGCAUUGAGUAACGCGCCCAUUGCAACAAAUCUGUCACCUAAAGCAUCUGGAACACAGCCGCAUGUCGCGGUGCUAAUCGACUAUUCCCGCUCAGCAUCCCAGGUUUUCCAGGAUGUUACGAAAUACAUCAUGAACCGUAAUCGAAAUCUCGAGCUACUGAUCUUCCACGUCGCCACUCCUUCCGAUCGCAACGAUCUAAGACUCUCGUCUUGGACGCCAGACUGGCGCCACUUCUCGUACCAUCUGGAGUCUAGGGCGCUCCGGACGCUCGUGCGCGUCUCGAGCGGUGGUCAGGAGCUCAAAGAAGAUCACCUAAAAUGGCAAAGUGUGCGUCCGACCAUGUGCUGGGACUGAGGGGUUGCGUUGUUGGCGACGUCACCGUCGCCGGGCCUUGUGAAGCCCCAUGAAAAGACACAAUCUACCAGGAUAUCAUAGGUCUCCCAUGUAACGAUGUCGAAGUGAGAUCCACCAACGCAGAAAUAGUAGAAGCGUCCGUUUCAGGCGCUGUGCCACUUGGCGGCAUCGUAGUGCGUGUCAUGGGAUUGAUCUACCCCAUCGCAUUAAGACCCGCAGUGGCACACCAAAGGAUGAAGUCCAGUGAUGUGAAGGUCAAUAUGCUUGAUGCGGCAAGCGGAG